AUGUCGAUAGUACGAACAUUUGGUGAACCAGACUUAUUUGUUACAGUGACUUGUAACCCAAUGUGGCGUAAGAUAACAGAAAAUCUAUUACGACACCAAACAGAUUCAGACUGGCCUGAUUUAGUAGCAUGCGUAUUUAAUACAAAAAAAGAUGCUUUAAUUAAAAUGAUAAUAAAAGACAACGUUUUUGGUGAAGUGAUUGCUUUUAAUUGGGUUAUUGAAUUCCAAAAGCGCACAUUACCCCAUCUACACAUGUUGAUAACAUUAAAACAUGACUUCAAAAUAAAAACUACCGAUAAAGUUGAACAAUUUGUAUCAGCCGUCAUACCUAAUAAAACUAAAAAACCUACAGUUUAUAAUAUUGUUACAAAAAGUCUGCUUCAUGGUCCGUGUGGAGAUUGGUGUAUUGUAAAUGAGAAAUGUUCAAAAAACUUCCCUAAAGAAUUUCGAAAUGAAACAACUAUGGAUGAUAAUGUAUAUCCUUAUUAUCGUCGUAAAGAUAAAGGAAUAACAUUUUCACGAAACGAUCAAAUUUUUAAUAAUCGCCAUGUUGUACCGUACGACCCAACUCUCUCAGAAACAUUCAACUGUCAUAUCAAUGUGGAAAUAGUGUCAUAA